UUUGUCAGCUCAAUCCUCAUUCACCAUCAGAGAAUCCACACUGGAGAGCGACCCGAUAAAUGUCCCAAGUGUGGGCAAAGCUUUGUUCGACAAUCACAACUGGUUAUACAUCAGAGAAUCCACACAGGAGAGAAGUCUUAUAAAUGCAAUGAGUGCGGGAAAAACUUCAGUGACAGAUCAGACCUCACUAAGCACCAGAGAGAAAACACCGGAGAGAAGCCCUACAAGUGCCCCAAGUGCAGGAAAAGCUUCUGUUUCCAAUCAGACCUCACUAAACAUCAGAGAAUCCACGCAGGAGAGAAGCCCUUCAGUUGCUCCAAAUGUGGGAAAAGCUUCGGUCGGAGAUCCGACCUUAUUAUACACCAGAGAAUCCACACAGGAGAGAGAUCUUGAAAACCCUACAAUUGCCUGGACUGUGGGAAAAGCUUCAGUCACAGCUCAACCCUCACUACGCACCAGAGGAUCCACACGGGUGAGAAGCCAUACAAAUGCCCUGAGUGUGGAAAAAGCUACAGGGACAACUCAGCCCUUAUUACUCACCAGCGAAUCCACAAAGGAGAGAAACCCUAUAAGUGUCUAGACUGUGAGAAAAGCUUCAACUGCAGCUCACACCUUAUUUUACAUCAGAGAACCCACACAGAGGAGAAACCAUAUAGAUGCUCUGAGUGUGGAAAAAGCUUCAAUCAGCAGUCCAAUCUUCUUAUACACCAGAGAAUCCACACAGGAGAGCGGCCCUAUAAAUGCCCCGACUGUGGGAAAAGCUUCAGUUACAACUCAGUCCUUAUGACACAUCAGAAAAUGCACACUGGAGAGAAGCCCUAUAAGUGUCUUGACUGUGAGAAAAUCUCUAGCCAGAGCUCAGACCUCACUAAACACCAGAGAACCCACACUGGGGAGAGACCCUACAAAUGCAACGAGUGUGGAAAAAGCUUUAGGUGGAGCUCAUCCUGACACUGCUUACAUACGCAUCAAAGCAUCCACACAGGAGAGAAGCCCUACAAAUGCCCUGAGUGCAGGAAAAGCUUCGGUCGUCUCUCACACCUUAAUAGACACCAAACAAUCCACACAGGAGAGAGACCCUUUAAAUGCUUGGACUGUGGGAACAGCUUUCGUGACAGCUCAUCCCUCAUCAGGCAUUGGAGACUCCACACAGGAGAGAAACGUUAUAAAUGUACCGACUGUGGGAAAAGCUUCAUUCAGAGCUCGCACCUUAUGCAACAUCAGAGAAUCCACACCAGCGAGAAACCCUACAAUUGCAAUGACUGUGGGAAAGGCUUCAGUGACAGCUCGCAUCUUAUUAAACAUCAGAGAACCCACACAGGACAGAAGCCCUAUAAAUGCCCCGAAUGCGGGAAAAGCUUCUGUGACAGCUCAACGCUCACUAAACACCGGAGAAUCCACACAGGAGAGAAGCCCUACAAAUGCCCCGAUUGCAGGAAAAGCUUUGGUCGGAGCUCAGACCUCAUUAUCCACCAAAGAAUCCACACGGGAGAGCGGCCCUAUAAAUGCAAUGACUGUGGGAAAAGCUUCACUGAUCGAUCAACCUUUAUUAAACAUCAGCGAAUCCACACGGGAGAGAAACCGUAUAAGUGCCCCGAGUGUGGGAAAAGCUUCAGUGACAACUCAGCCUUUAUUCGGCAUCAGAGAAUCCACACUAGAGAGAUGCCUUACAAAUGCCCGGACUGUGAGAAAAGCUUCAGUCAAAUGUCUCACCUUGUUAGACAUCAAAGGUUCCACACAGGAGAGAAGCCUUAUAAGUGUCUGGAGUGUGGGAAAAGCUUCUGUCAGAGCUCAGACCUUAUUACACACCAGAGAACCCAUACAGGGGAGAAAUCCUACACAUGCUCUGAGUGUGGGAAAAGCCUCAAUAGAAUCUCACACCUUGUUGCACAUCAUCGAUCCCACACUGGAGAGGCACCUUACCAAUGCCCCGACUGUGAGAAAAGCUUCAGUCAGAUGUCGCACCUCAUUAGACAUCAGAGGUUCCACAAGGGAGAGAAACCCUACAAGUGCCUGGACUGUGGGAAAAGCUUCUGUCAGAGCUCAGACCUUAUUACACAUCAGAGAAUCCACACAGGAGAGAAGCCCUAUAAAUGUCCCGAGUGCGGGAAAGGAUUCAGUCGGAGCUCAAACCUUAUUGCCCACCAGAGAACCCACACAGGAGAGAAACUCUAUCAGUGCUCCCACUGUGGGAAGAGCAUGACCCGGAGUUCAAACCUUGUUCGACAUCAGAGAACUCACACCAGAGGAAAACUCUGUAUAAAAAAAGCCUGGCUCCAACCUAGCCAUGGUGAAUAAUACCCUGGCCUUUUCCCAUUAACGAUGGCUGUGUUUGGACCCGGUUCCUCAAAGGUAGUGAGGCUCCUAAUUUCUGUUGAAAUCAAUAGACGUCAGGAGCAUAAAUAGCUUUUGAGAAUCUGGGCUUUGGCUCCAAUGUAUGCCUGGGGUCAAGAGAUAGCAGCAGGGAGGAUGGGAACCAGAGAGGAUGGUUCUGGAGGGCACAGUUGCUUGGGAGUUGUGACACAGAUGAUGAACAUAGGCAUAUCUUCAAAGACCAUUAUACUGAGAGAGAUCAUGCACAUGAAUCUGCAGAAUGUUCAUAGUACUUUGUAUCGAUGCAGGCAUGUGUUUUCAUGCGUUCUUCAAGCCUGUAGGGAGUGAUUUAAUGCAAAACUCCCAAACCUGGCUAUAUAGAUGUCAAAUCUUUGAAGUCUGACCUCCUAGACCAUAGGGGGAGUUAUUAAAACUGGUAACUAACUCAGCUUCCCUGAACAGAAGAUUCACUCAUAGCGAUCAGGUUGAUUAUUGUAUUGAAUUAACUGGAUUUGACUAUUACUUUCAGCAAACUGAAUAUUCUCUGUUAAGCUCUUACAUUUACCUUUCUUAUUUUGCUUUUCCUUUUUAUCUAGAACCAUCUUUCUUUUGUUUGCUGCAGUUUCUGAUUUAUUCUUAACCGUAUUCUAGUUAAGAAAACUGAUACAUUCAGGAGCACUGGUGGAGUGGUUUGGGUUUGCAAUGUCCUGAACUGGACAUGUGAGACAGAAUUGGGAUGAUGUGGUUUUUUCUUACUUGAAAUGCAGAGGAAUAAAGUGUAACUGAGUUUCCUAAA